CCAUGGCCGGCACGUACCGCAGCGGGGCCUACGGCCAAGGGCAGGCUGAGCCCCACUUCGAGGGUGAGCGGCGGCACAAUCCCUUCGGGACACGGGCACACGAGGCCUUCGGGUACCCAGGAUCCCCGAGUGCCGUGUACCCCUGCAGCCUGGGCACCUGGGUGCGUGCCCAAGGUGACACCUACCAGGUGGUGGCUGAUGUCAGCCAGUUUGACCCCCCCGACAUCGUGGUGACCACCUCCAACUGCCACGUCGCCAUCCAGGCUGAGAAGGUGGCAGAGGAUGGCACUGUCUGCGACACUUUCACCCACAAGUACAAGCUGCCUGAGGACACAGACCCGCUGUCAGUGAGCUGUGCCCUCACCAAGACUGGCAUGCUGGUGAUCACGGCCCAGCGCCGUGCCAGCACCCGCCCCGGUGAGCCCCUGCAUCCGCUGUACCGCAGCGAGGCCACGCUGUGAGUGGCUUCUUGCCCAAAGUGAUGCCAAUCCUGGCACUGUGGCGGGGCUUGGC